UGCUCCAGCACCAGGGGGGCGCGCACGGCUGCCACGGGGCCGCUCUGGGCCGUAGCGGCCACUCUACUGCUCCGAGGCUGGCUGGCAAGUGCCCGCGUUCCCCGGCAACGCGCGCGACCCCGUAGGAGCCGUGGCCAUGGAGGUGCGGGCGGGCGCGGGGCCUCGGUGCACUGGUGACGGGCUCCGCACGGCGGGCCCCAAGUCCUCCGGCCGCGCGGCUCGGGUUUCGGCACCGCCCUGGGCGCGCUUCUCCGCUUGGCUGGAGUGCGUGUGCGUGGUUACCUUCGACCUGGAGCUGGGCCAGGCGCUGGAGCUGGUGUACCCAAGUGACUUCCGGCUCACAGACAAGGAGAAAAGCAGCAUCUGCUACCUGUCAUUUCCUGACUCCCACUCAGGCUGCCUUGGGGACACUCAGUUCAGUUUCCGCAUGCGUCAGUGCGGAGGGCACAGGAGCCCCUGGCAUGCUGAUGACCAGCCCUAUAACAGCAAGGCCCCCAUGACCCUGCAGAGGGAGCCAGCACACUACAUUGGCUACGUGUACUUCCGGCAGGUGAAGGACAGCUCUGUGAAGAGGGGCUACUUCCAGAAGUCCCUGGUUCUGCUGUCCCGCCUGCCCUUUGUCCGGCUGUUCCAGUCACUGCUGAGCCUGAUGGCCCCAGAGUACUUUGACAAGCUGGCGCCCUGUCUGGAAGCUGUUUGUAAUGAAAUUGACCAGUGGCCAGCCCCUGUGCCUGGGGAGACCUUGAAUCUACCUGUCAUGGGCGUCAUCAUCCAGGUGUGCAUCCCAUCCAGAGUGGACAAGCUGGAACCCAGCCCACCAAAGCACGGUGACCAAGAGAACCUGCGACCAGCCCCCAUGGUCCUCACCAGCAUCCAUGAACCGGACCUGUUCAGGUGCUUCCGGCCCGUGCUGACACAUGUGCAGACGUUGUGGGAGCUCAUGCUUCUUGGGGAGCCCCUGGUAGUUCUGGCACCCUCACCAGAUGUGUCCUCGGAGAUGGUGCUGGCCCUGACCAGCUGCCUGCAGCCCCUCAAGUUCUGCUGUGACUUCCGCCCCUACUUCACCAUCCAUGACAGUGAAUUUAAGGAGCUUACCACAAGAACCCAGGCCCCACCUAACGUGGUCCUGGGAGUCACAAACCCUUUCUUUAUCAAAACACUCCAACACUGGCCCCAUAUCCUCCGAAUUGGGGAGCCCAAGAUAUCAGGAGACCUUCCUAAGCAGAUCAAGUUGAAAAAGCCCUCGAGGCUGAAGACCCUUGACACCAAGCCAGGCCUCUAUACCGCCUACACAGCCCACCUCCACCGGGACAAGGCACUACUCAAACGACUGCUCAAGCUCCCUGCCUCCCUCUGGCAGGGUGUGCAGAAGCAGCGGCCAUGGGAUGUGCAGAGUGCUCUGCUGAAGCGGCACCUCCUGGAGCUCACGCAGAGCUUCAUCAUCCCCUUGGAACACUACAUGGCCAGCCUCAUGCCGCUGCAGAAGAGCAUCACGCCCUGGAAGGUGGGGGUCUGGGUGUUCCCACCCCAGAGAAGGGAAGAUCUGGUGCAGACUCCUCCCCAGAUCCGUCCCUUCCACCAAGAUGACUUCCUGCACAGCCUAGAGCAUGCAGGGCCUCAGCUCACCUGCGUCCUCAAGGGCGACUGGCUGGGCCUCUAUAGGAGGUUUUUCAAGUCACCACACUUUGAUGGCUGGUAUCGCCAGCGACACAGAGAGAUGGCUCAGAAGCUGGAAGCCCUGCACCUGGAAGCUAUCUGUGAGGCGAAUAUUGAGACCUGGAUGAAGGACAAGUCAGAGGUGGAGGUGGUGGACCUGGUGCUGAAACUCCGGGAGAAGCUGGUGCGGGCACAGGGCCACCAGCUCCCUGUGAAGGAGGCGACACUGCAUCGGGCGCAGCUGUACAUUGAGAUGGUCAUCGGCUCCCUGCCCAAGGACCUGCAGGCUGUCCUGUGCCCUCCCUAGGAUGGGCCAAGGGGGUGAGCAGUGGCGCUGGAAGGACAAGAGCCCUGGCUGAUUUGGGCACAUCUACUGCCCACCCUCCUGUUGCCCAUCUGCCCACACCCCUUCAGCCCAGCAGGCCUGCAGAACAGAGGGAGGCAGCUGGCAGGGCCACUUGCAACCUGCCCAUCCUGCCCUGUGGAGACAGGAGGGACACUUUGCCCAUGUCAGCCAUUGUAGAGGGAGAGGCCACUCUGAAUCCCCUGCCUGCCCUUGACUGUUCAGGAGAGAAUAGGAGUGGUGUGGAGGCCCUGCUGGGACAACAGGCUCAGCCUGGCCCUUGGGAUCCAAGCAUGGUCCCGGCCUCUCUCCUGGAACUAACUCCACACAUCCCAUUCCCACCCUUAGGACCUGAGGGUUCUGGAUUGGCCUGACUCUGCUGCCCAGCUCCACAAUCCUGGUGCAAAUGACCUUGGCAGGGGCCUGAAGUGCCACCUCUGGGUCCUACACUUAAGCCUGGGCCCAGCAAGGUAGUGCCGUCGCCUCUGGUAGUGCUGUGGCCACAGAUGGUCAUACUGGUGGGGCUGUGGGAGUUGUGCACUGAGGGGUAGACCAGAGCUGCAGCUGAACCGCAGAUGAGUAUUGCUGGGUAGGUCUCCUGACCAUGCAGACCCUUGGGCUCUUUGUCUGAGAGACCAGGUUGUAUAGAUGCCUAGGAAGCUGCUGCUGGGCUGUGUUAGCCAGCUCUGGCCUGUGAUGCCUGAAGGGGGCACCAGGGGAGGAACUUUGGCUAACUGUACAUUAGUGAGGCAGGAGUAGAUUGGACAACAGGGGCAGACCCCUGUUCAUAGCGUCAGCACAUUCUCAGAACUUGGUGCAUGUUGACUCAUCCACCCUGACCAUGGCCCAGGACAGCCUGGCACAGAACCCAUGGUGCCAAUACAGAAUGCAUGGUGGCAGAGAGGGGAGGGAGGUGGACAUGUCAGUCCAGUGCUGGUCCCUGGAUGUGACUGCCAUUACACAGCAGAGUAGAGGUGGGGGUUGUGGAGACCCAGAGUGAGGCAGGGUGGCACAGCACCCAGGGCAGCGCCAGUUAUAGAGGCACCAGCCUCCCCAUCGAGGACCUGGCCUCAGUGUGGCAAUGUUGUAGGAAUGCCGGCACCUUCCUGGGUGACAAGACAGGCAUGGCGAUAACGGAGGCCCUGCUGUCAGGGCCCCCGUCAGAACCAUGGAUUGGUGUGCCCUUCCUGAGAUAGCAGUGCUAGCCCUGAGCCCCCGACCCCAAAUCCAGGAUCAGGAUUGCGACCUCACCUUGAGGGACAUACCCCCAGUGUCCCUGUGGCAGGUGCUUUCCAUACCUGAGGGCCUCCACGCUUGGCCAGAGGCCUCAGCCACCAUCACCCCAGGGACAUCCAACCAGAGCCCCUGAGCCCCUAGAUCCUGGCAGCCAGUGCUCCUUGAGACCACAGCAGGAAGGAGGUCAGGAGGACACCUUGGGACCCACCCAGGACACAGUCCAGGGUGAGGCACAUAGGAGUGGGAAUGCCAUGGCCACUGGGAGAGCUGAGCCUGGGCCCCUCCUGGGCCCCUGGAUCAGGUCGCCUGGAAGGUAGCUCAGCCUGUUUCAGACAGGGUCUUGGUGCCGUGCCCCCCCCCCUAGGCCAAGCGCACACUGUGGGGGAGGGGAAGGAAGGGCCAGAUGACUCCAAAGAGGCAAGACCCUCAUAGAGGCUCCCACGGCUCCUGCCUGGGUAGAAACUAGUGGUCGACAAGAGCGAGGGGCUGCUGUGGUCACUGAGGCCAGUGGGUGGCAGGGCUGCCCCAGUAUGGGCAGGGAGAGACAACUACGCCAGUCUAUUUCAGGGUGCCCUCAGAGCGACAUC